AUGGAAGAGCUCAUUUGUACAUAUCCAUAUCAUUCAAAUCUUUUCAUGUUCCUAUUCUUGUUCUUUUGUCCCAGCAAACGCGCACGGCGGGGUCACCCCAAAUUUUUAUUUACCUUAUGUUAUAAGAGCAACCAUCUCAUCCCCAAACUUCUCCCUCCCUCCCUUUUCACAAAGAGAGUAAUGCUCAACCCAAGUAGCCAUCCGCCUUCCCCGGAUUUUCCCACAGGAUCUUCUGCAAGUCCUAGGGUCAAACUGAGACCAUCCACGUUGUGGGCACCACCACUCACAGUAUCCUCUGACUUUGCGGCUUCCAGUAGUUCUACUGCCCCUGUCACCGUCACAGAUAAACCUGUCACACCCGCUGUAUCAAAGCGGUAUCAACCUUAA